AUGCAUAAUAACGGCGUAGCUGCUAUCGCGCAGCAAGUCUCAGACCUUGAGAUCGAUGAAGGUCCCAGUGACCCGGCGGCAAUGAUGGCAACGCUCAACCCGGAACAUCCACCCGCUCCCAAGUUGUACAGCCAGGGUGUCAUGAUCACGAAUAUUACUCAAAACUUCACAGAUGCUGCCCACCGGGAUCUCGUCAAGGAUCCGUUUUUCACGCUGUUUGAUGCUGUUGCCGCACUAGAGAUUAUGGAUCCUAAAAUGGAUAGUGGUUAUCUCGCUCCUGGCGAGACCAUGGAAGACGAUUAUGAUUUUACCCAGACACUACUUCCAGAAGAAGUCUUGGGUAUCGUUGAUCAGCUUCUCUGCCAUGAGGAGGAGGAUUUCGCCACCCAUACUUUCCACAGAAAUCUACUUGAGGGUAUAGAGCACAGUGAAAUUCUCGGUUUUCUUAAAGAGACCAUGGAAUUAGUUUUGCGGACAGACAACAUACCUGACGAUAUAAAGGAAGCUCUGAAGGUUCGUCUUAGUUUCCGACACGCUUUCUUGGAAGCCGUCGAUAUAGCAGAUUCAAGAUCUCCAGAUGCAAAAGUGUUCUGGCGUGAGACGCUUUCGUUCAUACCAGAGUUGAGAUUAUCCAGCAAACUUGCAAAAUCUGUUCCUCAGUCAUUCAGUGUGAAGUUACAAAGGAAGCUCGCAAGUACAGUACCUCCACGCCCAAUUGUUGUGGUGGGACAAGAGAAUGCCUACGAACAUUUGGAGAGGAUGUGUAAGGAUGGCGAAAACGCAGUUGAUAUACUUGAUUAUGCUGAUAGUCACAGUCUCAUGACUUUCAUUUCAUUAUUCCAAGCAAAGAAACCUCAACCAACUGUCUACAUUCGGACUUUACUUCAAUACUAUAUGUUUGCAGAUAUGAUAAUCCUGGGCAAAAUGUCUAUUCGAGAAGUUCUCGAUGAUGAUCUAGCAAGUCUUACCUUACCAGCAAACCAGCUCCUAGACCGUAAUAACGAUGAAAUUGAAGUCACUCGUGACCCAAGAUUUCAUAUGGCUCAAAGAAUGGAGAUAUUUCGAUCACGCGCCGCCAACACAUACAUCGACAUCCUGCGCACAAUGUGUCAGAACCGAUGUCGCAUGCGUAGAACACUUUGUCACACUAUAGUUGAUUGGGAUAACCUUCAACUUGAUGGUGAGGAAAUCGACCAGGAAUUAAGAGAAUUUACAAAGGAAGAGCCAUUUAUAGAUCUGAAAAUAUCUAAUGAUCCCAUCUACGCUUUCCCUCUAUCAUCUUGGGCGUACUAUUACAAGCUUCGCCAGAUGGAGUGGAUAGUACAAUUAGGCUUUGAGCUUCAGGUUUAUCAACCAGAUGAGUUGUCGGGCAUGUAUUACUAUCUAAAUCAUCUUUGCAAAACAAGGAGUCGUCAUCUUGAGCGAAUUCGAAGCGAAGUCAUGCGAUCUUACUCUGCACGUCGCAAAGCAUCGCAGCUUGACACUAGCCAGCAAAAGGAAUUUGCUAAUACAAUUUCCUUCAUUAACUUCUCCAUGUUAGAAGUCACUUCGACGUAUGGUUUUGCAGAUGCAUUAUCUUCACUAUUUGAAGCCCUUCGCCGGCUGGACCUCAUACCCAUACCUCCAAGACCAUACGGCGACGACAUCAUGCGUUACGAAGUCCGCAUGAAGCCAUUCUCUACGAUUGGCCUUCCUGAACCCAUGCCUUUCGAGACCUUCAUAUACAACGUUACGCAGCCGAAAGAAUCCACGCUCGAUUUACUUUUGAUCGCUGCAGAGGCCACUGCCGCAGCCAAGAAAGGAUUCGAGAUACUCAGUAAACUCAACCCUAAAGAUGCCUAUUGUCGCGGAUCUCAUGAGAGCUGGGUUAAGGAUAUCAAGAAUUGUCUGAAAGCAUGCAUCUUCACGGGAAUCUCGGUUGCAGCAGUCAAAAGGGCCAUUGAAGCUGCGGGUGAGGACAGUAAAGUGAAGAUCCAGGUAGAAAUCCCAACGACGGGCAAAGGAUAUCAUGAUUGGUGGAUCGUGCCCAAAAUUCUCGCCGACCAGAAAAGGUAA